AUGACUAGAGGGAUAGACCAUCUGAGAGAUCCUCGACUGAACAAGGGUUUAGCGUUUACUCUCAAAGAACGUCAAACAUUUGGUAUUCAAGGUCUUUUGGCUGCUAGAGUAAAAACACAAGAAGAACAGGUGCAAAACUGUAGAGUUUCUCUGGACAGAUAUCAGAACGAUUUGAAUAAAUAUGUUUAUUUGGUCGAGUUGCAGGAAAGAAACGAAAAGUUGUACUUUAGGCUUUUAUCAGAAAAUAUAGAAAAAUGUAUGCCCAUUGUAUACACUCCGACCGUUGGCUUAGCAUGUCAGAAAUUCGGAUUAAUAUAUAGAAGGCCGAGAGGUCUUUUUAUAACUAUACAUGACAGAGGGCAUAUUUAUGAAAUUCUCAACAACUGGCCUGAAACCAACGUACAAGCUAUUGUUUUCACUGACGGUGAAAGAAUUUUAGGUUUAGGAGAUCUGGGUGCGUACGGUAUGGGUAUACCUGUUGGAAAAUUGGCUCUCUACACAGCAUUAGCUGGUGUAAAACCACAUCAUUGUUUGCCUAUAACUUUGGACGUGGGCACUGAUAAUCAGAGUCUUUUGGAAGAUCCCUUCUAUAUAGGUCUAAGGCAAAAACGAGUACGAGGAAGCGAAUAUGAUGAGUUUAUUGAUGAGUUCAUGCAGGCGUGUGUGAAGAAAUAUGGUCAAAGUAUUUUGUUACAGUUUGAAGAUUUUGCUUUGCCAAACGCUACUCGUUUUUUAAAUAAAUACCGCUGCAAUUACUGCACAUUUAAUGACGACAUCCAGGGCACGGCUAGUGUGGCAGUUGCUGGUUUAUUAGCCGCAAUCAGAAUCACUAAGACGAAAAUCAGUGAAAACGUUAUCAUGUUUCUUGGUGCUGGUUCUGCUUCAACUGGUAUCGCAAACAUAGCAGUAUCAGCGAUGCUCUUAGAUGGAAUUUCUGAGAAGGAAGCUCGUGAUAAAAUAUAUAUGUUCGACAUUGACGGACUUUUGACUUCACGUCGCGAGGGCGGUGUACCGGAACAUGCAAAAGAUUUCGAAAGAGAUUUAGAACCAAGUAAAAACUUUCAAAAGUGCGUAGAAAAAUAUAAACCUACGUGCCUUAUUGGAUGUUCAACUGUCGGAGGAGCAUUCAACGCCGCUAUAUUGCAGCAAAUGGCCAAAAAUACGGAUAGACCGAUUAUAUUUGCACUUUCGAAUCCUACGAGUAAAGCUGAAUGUACACCUCAAGAAGCGUACGACAAUACUAAUGGUAAAUGUGUGUAUGUCUCCGGUUCGCCGUUUCCUCCAGUCAAUUACCAAGGCAAUGAGUUCCAUACAGGACAAGGGAACAACGCUUAUAUAUAUCCGGGAUUAGCUCUAGGAAUCAUAGCUGUUAGAGCACAUAUGAUACCAGACUCUAUGUUUCUAAUGGCUGCCCAGACCUUAGCACGUUUAGUAACUGAGGAAGACCUAGCCAUCGGGCGUGUAUAUCCACCUCUUAAUCAAAUUUGCGAUGUGUCACUUGCUAUUGCCAUAGACAUUGCAAAGAUGUCUUACGAAAACAGUGAGUAG